AUGACAGAAGCCAGUGGACAAGUUACUCUUGAGACUCACCAUGAAGAACUGGUUCAUGAUGCUAAACUUGAUUAUUAUGGAAAGAAAAUGGCAACAUGUUCAUCGGAUUUUACUGUAAAGAUUUUUGAAAUAGAAGGUGAAAAUCAUCGAGAAAUUGAAACGUUGAAGGGUCAUGAAGGGCCAGUUUGGCAAGUCGAUUGGGCACAUCCAAAAUUUGGGAAUAUACUUGCAUCAUGUUCAUAUGAUAAUAAGGUUAUUAUUUGGAAAGAACAAAAUGGAUCUUGGGGGAAAAUUAAAGAACAUACGUUACAUACUGCAUCUGUAAAUUCUGUUGCUUGGGCACCUCAUGAAAUCGGACCAAUUUUAGCAUGUGCAUCAUCAGAUGGAAAAGUUUCAAUUCUAACAUUUAAAGAUGAUGGAACAUGGGAUGCACAUUUAUAUGAUGCACAUCAUAUUGGUGUUAAUUCUGUAGACUGGGCGCCUGCUACAAUACCUGGUGCGCUUGUCCAGACUCUUGGUGGAGCAAUAAAUGUCAAUAUUACAAAAAAAUUUGUAACUGCAGAUGAUGUUAAAGAAUGGAAAGAAGAAAGCACAUUAGAAGGGCAUACUGAUUGGGUUCGCGAUGUUGCUUGGGCUCCUAAUCUAGGACUUCCUAAAAGUUGUUUAGCAAGUGCGUCCCAGGAUAAAACUGUUUUAAUUUGGACUCAAGAAAGUCCAAAUUCUCAAUGGGUCAAAAAAUUACUUCACAAUGAAAAAUUUUCUGAUGCAGCAUUGAGCGUUAAAUGGUCAUUAUCCGGUAAUGUUUUAGCUGUGGCAACUUCUGAUAAUAAGGUAACAUUUUGGAAAGAAAACUUAAAAGGAGAAUGGGAAAUGUUGACAGAAAUGACAGAAUAG